GCCGCAGCCGGCCGCGCUCAGCCCAGGUGCGGGGACCCCGCCGCCGCGCCGUGCGGGACGUUUCUGCAGUGGAGCUGCGCUUCUCUCUGAUUGAAGAACAAACUUCUGCCCAGAAAGCAGUUCAGCGUUUGGCGCCCAGCGCGUUCUGGAUUUGGGCUGGCAUGUUAUUGCCUCCGGGUGUCAUUACUAGGCUGUCAUCUGCAAGGCAUCAUUUUCAUUGGCCGGAGCUCUGAACCAAACUGAAGAGGAGAUGGAUCAAAGGAUUCAGGCUGCAGAACACAAGACUCAGAAACAACUUGAAGAACAAUUAAAGCCUGUAAGACAAAAAGAAGAUGUGACUGCAUUAAAAGAACAAAUUUGUGAUUUGUCAGUGGAAAAUGAGAAACUGAAGAAAGAGCUUUUAGAAGCCCAGACAAGCAUAGCCUUUCUUCAGAGCAAACUCAGUGCUCUAAGAAAUGAUUAUGCUGACAACAGUCUGAAUUCUACAAGAUUUCCUCCAGAGUUUCAGUGCUCACAUGGGGGGCAGGAGAGUUCAUGGGACGACGCUUCUGACACAGAUGCUUCCUGUAUAUGGGAUGAAGAAACAUAUGGUACCAAAGGUGUGGCUUCCAUUGUUGGCCGGAAGCCCCCUCGGUGUGUCAGCAAAGGCAGUGCUGCCACCCCCUCCAGGAAGCUCAUCUCUGCUCUCCCAUCUCAGGACAAGGAGAGCAAGAACCCCAAAGCUCCCAGGUCACGGAGCGUGUACAGGAUUGUACUUGCUGGGGAUGCUGCCGUAGGGAAGACCAGCUUCCUCAUGAGAUUUUGCAAGAAUGAAUUUCAAGGAGAUAUAAGUACCACCAUAGGUGUCGAUUGUAAAAUGAAAACCCUCAUUGUAGAUGGAGAGGAAACAGUUCUGCAGCUCUGGGAUACAGCAGGGCUGGAGAGGUUCGGAAUUAUUUCCAAGUCUUACUUUAGAAAAGCAAGUGGCGUUCUGCUGCUGUAUGAUAUUACCUGUGAGAGAAGCUUUCUUAACGUACGAGAAUGGUUGACUAUGAUUGAGGAUGCAUCUCCCCAGAUUGUUCCUAUCAUGUUGGUUGGAAACAAGUCUGAUCUGCGUGACACUGCUGCUUCGGAGGGACAGAAAUGUGUGCCGAGGCUUUUUGGAGAAAAUCUGGCCAGGAAUUAUGGAGCAUUAUUCUGUGAAACAAGUGCCAAAGAUGGUUCCAAUAUCGUGGAAGCUGUCCUCCAUAUUGCUCGAGAAGUGAAGAAAAGACCGAAGGAAGAAGCUGACAGCAAUUUUAUCACUAUCCUGGCUGGGACCAGCUCCAGAGAGUCAGUACAGAGGAAGAACUGUUGCAGUGCCUGAAUGCCAACCCUCCUGGGCUGUGCCAUCUUACCUUUCCAGAGUACUGAAUCUGUGACUCUUUGCUUCUUAUAGAGUGACAUGUUCUAGUAACACUGGAGGUUGAAACUGUGGUUUCAGGUUCUAGAACCUCAGCUUUUCUUUACUGUGAUCUCCAUGAAUGCCUUAGGCUAUUAUUUAUUGGGUUAUACUAAUUUAAAACAUUUCCUUUUAUUAAAAAUUGGGACAAUUCUGUGUAGCUGUCUCAUUUCCUGUUUGUUACUUGCAUGGUCAAACUUUAAAUUCCUGAAGCUUAUUUUUUUUUUAAAGUGGAAAUGACAGGAUAAAGAGCCACAACAUCAUAUAGCUUUUCAAAGCAUGCUUUAUUUCUAUCAAAGAUAUUUAGUAUUUUAAUUGGAAAAUUGAAUUCUCACUAAUUAUAAAUUCUGGUUUUGUAUUUUAUGUUUUUUGUUCCCUGAAAUAAAAAAGGUUACAUUUCAGGCCCCAAAGCACACUUUGUCAAAAUAAAUGUAGGGUAGGAGUGGUUAGACUUUUUGUGACAUGUGAUACCACAAAACCAAAGCUUUGCAGUUCUUACUUGCCUCAGUGGUAUGUCUUGAGCCCAGCUGUGUUAAUAUAUAUGUUAUUGUGUUAUUUAUUUCUCCAAUGAGAACUAUUUCUCAUUUUAUCUGUUUCAGAAUAAUAGUGAUGGUUUCUAUGAGAUUUUGUUGUGUAUAAGAAAUAUAUAUAUAUAUAUAUAUAUAUAUAUACACACAUAUACACACACACACAUAUACACACAGUAG